AUGGCCGAAUUUGUGCGAAAUGACGCCUUUCCCGAUUUGGUAAUUGCGUCAUUUGAACUACCGAUCCAACCCAAGUUCAUCGUGUUCUCGUUGGCGUUGAUGAGGCUGACUUCGUUCCCAACCGUUGCCGUUGGCGACAAAACGUUCCCACCGAUGAAGGUAUGGUCAGCUGGCAAGAAGCUCGCAAAAGCGAAGUUCCGUCUCGAGGAAAGCGCCGUUGGCAUAGCACUGGAAAGGUAUAGUCUCCGGGUAGAAACAUGUUUGAACGUCAACACCAGUGGUGAGACCAGCUCUCUCAAGCCUCCGAUCAUCUCGACUAUGGCGAUCACGAGUACUGCGACUCAACCAGUGACCCCCCCCCCUUCGUAA